UGCUCAAAAACUGGCUUAGUCGAAGUGCGUGUUUCACGUUUAGUGUUUCACUCACUCUCUUCGUGUGCGGGUGCGGUGUGCGACAUUACGAAUGCUUCAUCCUCCAGCGUCCAUCAGUGGCGAUCAUCAUCCUCAGUGUCAAGAGUGCCUUCUACCGCAACACGGAGAGAGUUAUCGGUUGACGAGCUCAUCCGAAUAAGCAGUUUGCUCCUAACUCAACCACACAACUCGACAACUGAAAGAGCAUACGCGCCAAGGCACAAUCGAUCUGGUCGGCUGGUUCGCAGUGUGACGUGAUCGUUUGGCCUUGCCAAAACCUGCUUCGACUUUGCUGCAGAGGGGCAAGCAGCGGUACGCUCUUCCGUGACGCGAGUCAAAAAGCCUACGUCACUUUCGGCUUCAAAAAAGGAUCACUCUUGUUUGUGCAACGUCGUGCUAACACAUAUUCAAACAACAUUUAAAAGUUAAUUUCAUUCUGUGAAAGUAAAACAUUGUAGUGAACAAACUGAAGUGUUAUUCUAAUUGUUGGUAAAGGCUCGUCGGUUCAAAAUAGGUGCCAUGGGGAAAGAUUAUUACAAAACUCUCGGUAUUCCAAGAGGGUCGACGGAUGAAGACAUCAAAAAAGCUUACCGAAAAUUAGCACUAAAAUAUCACCCAGACAAAAACAAAUCACCUGGGGCAGAGGAGAAGUUUAAAGAAGUUGCUGAAGCAUACGAAGUGUUGUCCGAUAAGAAGAAACGUGAAAUGUAUGAUAAAUUUGGUGAAGAUGGAUUAAAAGGACGAGCUUCCAAUGGCACAUCAAACUCUUCACAAAACUUUACUUAUGAAUUCCAUGGAGAUCCUAGAGCAACGUUUGCACAGUUUUUUGGAUCGAACAACCCGUUUGGAUCAUUUUUCGAUAUGCACAACGAUAGCUUAUUCAAUAGCAGUAUUUUCAAUGAUGACGAUUUCUUCACACCAUUCAGUGGUUUGGGAAACCGGCACGGUCUAGGAGGUGCUUUUAGGUCACACUCCUUCAACGUUCACUCACCUCUCAAAAAGGAGAAAGUACAGGAUCCACCAAUCGAGCACGAUCUGUACGUUACGUUAGAAGAGAUUUAUCAUGGCUGUGUGAAGAAGAUGAAAAUUUCACGUCGCGUCCUUCAACCGGACGGUACUUCGAAAAAGGAGGACAAAUGCGUGAGCAUAUCCAUUAAGCCUGGGUGGAAGUCAGGUACAAAGGUCACCUUUCAGAAGGAGGGCGAUCAAACGAAAGGCAAAAUACCUGCUGACAUUGUUUUCAUCAUACGCGACAAACCUCACGUCUGGUUCCGGCGCGAAGGAAGUGAUCUGCGGUACACCGCUCGCUUGACACUGAAACAGGCUCUCUGUGGAGUAAUAUUUGAAGUGCCCACUAUGACAGGAGAAAAGCUACGAAUUAGUACAAAGCAAGAAAUCAUCAAACCUAACACGGUUAAGCGUAUACAAGGUUAUGGACUACCAUUUCCGAAGGAACCAUCGCGGAAGGGGGAUCUGCUCGUAGCAUUCGAUAUUAAAUUUCCUGAUAAGCUCAGUACUUCGGAAAAAGAAAUGCUUAACGAUAUGCUUCCCAACUCGUAGUGUUAACACCGUUCCAACACGUUUGAUUCAUUUGAUUUGCCUUCUCUCACACAUGUAGACUAAAUACAUCAUCAAGAAUGUGAUGUAUGUACUAGAGCAUGUGUAUCAUACCAUCGACACAACAGACCAUGCGAAACAUUUGUAUAUAGUGCCAUUCUAAUGCAAGCUACUACUACUAUUCGAAUCGUACAUGUGUACGAAACUAAGCAAAAUUUGACUGGAAUGCGAACUAGUACUAGCAAUGAUUGUUAUGGGAGAAAUAAUAACUUUUGCAUGCGGUUGCUCAUUUGGUGAGUUACAAGCUUAUGAAGCGGGAUAGAGUUUUUCACUAAAUUUGAAAUAUUGUACAGCAAUUCGAGACAAAAAAAUAAAUUCAACAAACUCAACAAACAAUCAUAGUGGAGAUUGUACAGCUUCUGUGCAUCGGCUAGAAUUGUGUUGAAUGAAAGUGUCUCAAUGAUAGUUAAAGAAUCAUGUUGAUACUUUAAUAUACCAUUGGGUACCUGGGAAAAACGUGAAUGUGAAGACGAAAACUUCAUUUGCAACAAGUACUGUAACAAUUGUUGUAAGCUCUGAGUUAUAUAGAAAAAAAAAACACACUAAUUUAUGACAAUGAACUCGCGCUAUCAGAAUAAAACAAUAAAUAAAUGAUUCA